AUGUCUUUGACCAACAACGACUUCCGGCAGCUGCUAAACGAGGCCGACGCUUCUGUCUUGGCCAGCACGAAGCAGCACAGGAAGAAGCAGCAGCAGCAGCGAACUCCGGGCCAAAUCAGCGAAGCGCAAAUACGGAGAAGAGAAAGGUAUAAGGAAAUUCUCAAGAGGAAGCAACUCCGAGCUCAAAAGGAUGAAGGAGACAACAAAGGAAAUGCUUACCGCGACCGCGCGGAGGAGCGGCGGAAGCAAAAGGAGAGCUUCUACGCCCACGUGGCGGACGAGCUGGCGGAGCUGAAGGAGAGGACUGUUGAGGAGUCGAAAUUUCUCGGAGGAGAUGUGGACCACACUCACUUGGUGAAAGGUCUUGAUGUUGUGCUGCUGAACAAAGUGCGGGCGGAGCUGAACAAGGAGCAGCAGCGGCAAGCAGCAGCAGCAGCAGCAGCAGCAGCAGCAGGUUCGCCAGCAGCAGACGGCCAGCAGCAGCAGCGCAGACCCUUAGCAGCAAACCCUAAUCUCAGAAAAGCCCUCCAGCUGCUGCUUAAUGGACUUCACCCCCACGCCGUCAGAUUUGCUGAAAAACUCAAACACAUGGAACUCCGACUCCUCGCGAGCUGA